AUGUGCGGAUCAGGAAGUACAGAAAAUCGUUCUGGUUUCAGCACCUAUAGUUUAGAAAGUUAUGGCAGUGGGAAGAAUGAUGGACUGUUUAGUAUGAAUACAAAGGAGACUAUGAUGGUUUUAAAUGACCGACUGGCGACCUACCUGGAGAAGGUGGCAUCACUGGAGAUGGAAAACCAACGACUGGAAAGGAAGAUCAAAGUGUGGUAUGAAAAAAAUGUGCCUCAACAACUACCUGACAACAGCAAAUACUUGAAGGUCAUUGAGGAGCUUCAGAAAGAGAUAUUGGAUGCCAGAAUAAAAAACAAUCGAGUUUUUCUGCACAUAGACAACGCCCGUCUUGCAGGAGACGACCUUCAAACCAAGUAUAACAUGGAGCUCAGUUUGCAUAACACCAUAGAAGCUGAUGUAGUUGACCUUCGCAAAGGUCUGGACGGGCUGACGCUGGAACGAUGUGAGUUGGAAUUUCAGCUUGAGCAGCUUUCGGAGGACCUAAUACUUCUGAAGAAAAACCACAAUGAGGAAGUGGACAACCUCAAAGAACAGCUGGGCGCCAGAAUCCAUGUGGAAGUGGAUGUUGCUCCUGCUAAGGACAUCAAUAAAGUUUUGGCUAGUAUUCGUAAUGAAUAUGAAAGUUUGAUGGAAAGGAACCUAAAAGAUGUUGAGAAAUGGUUUGUCACACAGAGUGAAGAAUUAAACAGUCAGAUGGUGUCAGGAGCUGAACAUCUUCAAACAGUGAAAUAUGAGGUCAUCGACUUGAAUCAUACAAUACAGAAUCUGGAAAUUGACCUACAGACUCAGCUAAAUACUGUAGGUUGACAGUACAAACAUACACACACAGAGAUGCAAAGAA